GCAAAUCAUAGAGACAUAAAAAUGGAAAUAGAUAAAAGGAAAACGCAAAGAAAUGUCCAAAGCCUAGACAUUGGAUACGGCAUAACACUGAUAGAUGUUCCGUCUGAGAUCAAUUAUAAGGCAACUAGAUGGGAAGCUGAUGAACGUGUUGAUGCAUUAAAGAAAAAUACAUUCCCCGAUCAAUUUAUGUUGGCAUCGGAUAUAGUUCACGUACACGAGAAGGGAGCUUUAACUAAUCCAUUAGAUUGCACUCUUUUUUCCGAGGAAGAAAGUAUUACAGUUAAUGUGGUACUUCCAUCUGUAAAUGACAUAAACCUCAAAUAUUUCCAGUAUAAAGCAGCAGUCAGAUUUCAGAUGCAAUGGGAGUUCUUGGACAUAGAAAUUUUGGGAGACAAUAAAGGAAUAUUCCGGAAAAAUAAAAUUGAAUCGAUGUGCAUUUUUAUUCAAUCUAUUAAAGAGAGCAUAAUGCUAUCGGAAAAAGAAACACAGUAUGUAAACUCUAAAGAUGAACAAAUACAGGUCAAGUUUCCACAAAACUCAGUGACAAAAAGCCAACAGAUUGAUUUCAAGGUAUAUCCAGUAAAUGUAAACAAUAUCAACUGGACUAAAGAUGUAAACGAAAUGGGUGUAGCUAAAAUUUCAGAGUGCCUGUUUGGGUCUCAUGUAGAAUUUCAAGUCCCUGUUUUAGUUCAACUACCAUUGAAAUUGGUAGGAACAUGGGAAGUAGACGAUACAGACAUGGAUUACAUAGUUUUUAAAGUAAACGAUGACUGGUCUUUAGAUUUUCUCGAUACAAAACCAGAGAUAAAAGAUGGAAUAGCUUCUUUCACAGUUAAUUCUUUUUCUGGUGUAGCUGUUGUAGCCGCAACCCGUAAACACCCGGAUGUUCUUGAAAAUGUGUCUCGAUCCAUUCAAGCAGCAUACAUGUUUACGAAGACCUGCAAAAUUCUCUUCUUUGUUCGAAAACAAACAAGUCUUUCAAGCAUGAUGAUUAUACUUGAGUGCGUUGCAAGUGAAAAAAUGGAAGAGAUUAUAAUAAAUCGAAAGGCAAUCUAUGAUUUCGAUAUCGUUAAAGAGUGGACAAGCAGGGAUAUAGAUAUGAUUCCGGAUAGGACCGUCAUUAAAGUUGAUGUAAGAGGAAAAUUUAGUAUGCCCAAAGAAGCCAAAAUCAAAUCACCUGCAAUCUACUGCAACCCAUUUGGAAGGGAGAACUUCAAUCGUUUUCAAGUUGAGUUAUCUCAACGGGUCGGCGGUUCAUUAUUUGGAAUUCUAAGCUUCAGAAAUACCAAACAUGUUAUCGAUGAAAUUUUCUAUGACCCCUCGUCACGUACCAAGGUCCCUAAUAAAAGCAAAUCAGGAUAUCGAAUCAUGCGGAAUGAGAGAGAAGUCAAAACAAGUCGAAAUCAGCAUUCGAAAGGAAUUAACAAACUGUAAGAACCGUUGGAUAGAGGAAUAU